ACUUCGCCAAACAGGAAAAGAUGCGCAGGAACGACAAACUUCGGUAGCGGUCCCGUGACCCCGAUCUGAUUCUUCCCGUCUUCCAUGUAUCUCAGCUCGGAUCCUACUCAGGCUUCGAAAUUUGACUAAAAUCAGCUCUAAUCUUGGUAUUUGACCAUUAUGCCGUGUUCCAGCAGUUGAGAACGGAUGAUAUUUGCCGAGUCUCCACCCUGAUCGCUGUAAUCACACAACACUAUCUCUUUCAGUCCACACUUGGAAAUCGAUAUCGUUCUCGGAAUAGUCGGUUUGAGAGAAAGAGCAUUCCCAAGACCGUCGCAUUCUGAGUUGAAUGUCCAGGACUUUCAGGUAAGGCGCGUGGAACCAGAUUUGAGUCAGGAUGUUCAAAAAGCUGGUAGAUUCAUCACUGCCAAAAUACCUGGCGGAGUGUUCAAGAACGUCAUGGUCAUCGUUAAUGAUCAGUCGGAGGGUGUUCAAGUGCUGGAAUCGAUGUAGAAGCACGAGGAAAAAGUAGGGAUGGGUUCGUUCAAUAAGAACCUUCGUGGUGCAGUGCACGGUGAGUUGUGUGACAUGGAUCUUUGCCUGGGUGGACCAAUGGUUGUUCCACCAUUUCCGAUCGAAGGAGCUAAUAAGACGAUCAUCAAUCUCGACCGUAGUGAGACUCUGAAUCCUGUUAAAAAUUCCGGUGAAGUAAACGUGAGGAACAGAGAUAUGCUGGAUACUCUUGAAGGCUGGAAUGUGUUCUGCGCGCCAACGAAAGCCAUUCCACAACCUGGGGUUUAA